AUGGCAGAGGCAAACCUCACCCUAGUGACAGAAUUCCUCCUGAUCGCUUUCACUGAGUUUCCAGAGUGGGGGCCACCUCUCUUCCUCUUGUUUUUAUCCAUCUACCUCCUCACUUUAGUGGGAAACUUGGGGAUGAUUAUCGUGAUCCGCGUGGACCGCCGGCUGCACAGCCCGAUGUACUUCCUUCUGAGCCACCUCUCUGCCACGGAUAUCUGCUACUCCUCCACCACCGUUCCUCAGGUGAUGGCUGUGCUGUUGGAGUGUGGGGCAGCUUUGUCCUAUGCUCGCUGCGCAGCACAGUUCUUCCUCUUCACCUUCUUUGGUUCCAUCGACUGCUACCUGCUGGCCCUCAUGGCCUAUGACCGCUACGUGGCCGUGUGCCAGCCUUUGCUCUAUGUUACCAUCAUGACCCAGAGGGCUUGUCUAGGUUUUGUGGCUGGGGCUUACGUGGCUGGUCUCUUCAGUGCCUUGGUGCGGACGGUCUCCGCCUUCUCUCUCUCCUUCUGUGGCAACAAUGAGAUCAACUUCAUUUUCUGUGAUCUCCCUCCACUCUUAAAGCUGAGUUGCGGGGACAGCUACACCCAGGAAGUGGUCAUCAUUGUAUUUGCCAUUUUCGUCAUCCCCGCCUCCAUGGGGGUAAUCCUGGUGUCCUACCUGUUCAUCAUUGUGGCCAUCACGAGGAUCCGCUCUGUGGGGGGCCGGGCCAAGACCUUCUCCACCUGCGCCUCCCACCUCACUGCUGUCACUCUGUUCUUUGGCACCCUCAUCUUCAUGUACCUGAGAGACAACUCGGGCCAGUCCUCACAGGGGGACAGGGUGGUGUCUGUGUUCUACACUGCAGUGAUCCCCAUGCUGAACCCCCUCAUCUACAGCCUGAGGAACAAGGAGGUGAAAGAGGCUGUAGGGAAGAUUCUCCGCAGGCUCAAGCUGUGCUAA